AUGAUGCCCUCCAGACGGCCUCUCCCGCUCUCACCUGAGUGGACGUCGCCAGAUGUCUAUGUGGAAUCGCUCCUAUCAUUCGCAACAAAAUCAGAAUUAUUUAAAAAUUUCUGCGGAGGCGUACAUAUAUUAGAUUUCCUUAUCCGAGAUCCUGACCUAUACACCACUGUCAUCCCCGAAGACUGGCGCGAGUUCUUUGCCCGCCAUGAAAUUUUAGAUAUACUGGAUUUAUUGAUGAGAGAAGAUAUCACUCCGUUUUUAAAUGCAGAUAUAAAUAUACGAGGAGAAGAUAAUGAGAAUUUAAGCGAUUCUUCUACUUGGAGAGACGGUCCACAACCGCCCAGGAGCCUGGUUGAAUAUAUUCAUACUAUCAGACGGCACUCUCUCCUGAGAGAUUUCGCGCCAGCCGAUGAACAGCCAGAUAUCAAUCGGCCUGUCGGCAAGAAACGCAUUCCGUACCAUGUCUUUAUUGGAAUGAAGCCAAAGAAAUGCCACGAGGUAGAGAACUUUUCGAAAUACGUUGCCUCCCUUACUGAGGACGUGGAUCGCAUUAGAGGAGCUUCUGGCGCCGGCAAGGAGAAAGUAUCUCAUAUCGUGGAUUUCGGAUCAGGUCAGAAUUAUCUGGGCAGGGCUCUGGUCGGUCCGCCUUAUAACCAGCAUGUCAUUGCUAUUGAACGGCGGCAUAAUGACAUUGCUAGCGCGAAGAGGAAGGAUAUCAGGGCAAAGGUGACGGAGAAGACUAUAGUUAUGAGGAAUAAAAAGGAGCAUAGAGCAAAGAAACGAGCUGCUGCGCUAGCGAAUGGCUCUGAGCCUACGUCUACGACCGUAGUUGAGAGCGAGAUCAUUAUUGAUUCACCAGCCCCUGAAACGGACGGAAGAGAAGCCAGCCAGGCUGAUUUGGCAACAAUAGUUCUUGUUGCUGAUGCGGAACCCGAUACUAAGUCUGGUGAAAAGGCUACUACUACAAAGUCGGAUGGCCCUAAAGGUUCGCUGGAUUAUGUUGAGCAUGAAAUCCAAGAUGGAUACCUAGAACCUAUCAUCAAACACAUCAUCAGGACGCCCGGAAACAGCCCAGAACAUGAGAGUAUCUCUGCCAACGGCUCCUCUCCUCCCGAUUCAGUGGUUACGCCUACGCCUACUUCGGAAUUGUCACCAUCACGGGUCAUGGUUGUGUCGCUUCACUCCUGCGGCAACCUGGUGCACCACGGCAUCAAAUCACUCGUCUUGAACCCUUCGGUCGUCGCCAUCGCUAUGAUCGGGUGUUGCUAUAACCUGAUGACAGAACGGCUUGGCCCUGCAACGUAUAAGAUACCCUCACUAAGGCUGCCCAAUUCUCGCCUAGAACGGACAUCCAGUUCCUGUGACCCACACGGUUUCCCAAUGUCGAGCCAUUUCGAAAAUUAUACCCAUGAAAACGGUGACGGGAUCCGACUGAACAUCACCGCUCGGAUGAUGGCCGUCCAAGCUCCGUAUAACUGGAGCAAGGAUGAUAGCGAAGCAUUCUUCACGCGCCACUUUUUCCGCGCAUUGCUGCAGCGGGUGCUAGUCGACUAUGGAAUUGUUCCAGUUCCAGGGAAAACGAGCUCUGGUGACACCACGCCUGGAGAAGGACGGGACGAGCCAGAGCCCGGAGUUCUCCAAGACACAGAGAUACCCGGCUGUCCACUCAUCGUGGGAUCACUGCGGAAAUCUGCAUUUCUGUCCUUCACGGCAUAUGCACGAGCGGCAGUGGCGAAAUUGGUGCACGAUCCUCUACAUGGCAGUGCGAUCAAGGAGCGCGUUGAGUGUCUCACUGACGCUACACUGGAGGAGUAUGUUACUCAGUAUCAGUCGGCGAAGAAGAACCUAAGCGUAGUCUGGAGCCUUAUGGCGUUCAGUGCUUCGGUCGUCGAGUCGAUGAUCGUAACUGAUCGCUGGCUGUAUCUUCGGGAGCAGGAGGCCGUGAAGGAUGCUUGGGUUGAGCCUGUGUUUGAGUAUUCACAAAGUCCGAGGAAUCUUGUUGUUGUUGGCGUUAAAAAGUAA